GACUGCAGUGAAGCAGGAGUAAGGACAAAAACAAGAGCACCUGGAAGAAACUACCCCGUGGACGGACGUGGGCUGCGUUGAAAAUGAGAUGGAUGCUCACAAUUUGGGAAUAAGAGCUUAAGUGAAGAAUCCAGAAGGCAAGUCUCUGGUCCCCAUACACAUGCCCCGGGAAACUGAACCCCGAGAGCCCCACGGUGGUGGGAGAGCGGCCACAAGCACCGUCCUUCCCCGGGAAGCAAGCCCGGACGUCGCAGCUCCGCUCCAGACCCAGAGAGAAGCAAUGAGAUCUCUGACUGCGGACAACUUGGAAGAGUGCCUGCUGGAUAAGGUAAACUUGAGGCGCCAGUGGGUCUCCCAGACUGUGGAGGAGGUACAGAAAGUCAUCUACCAUCUGACCACCAAAAUCAGCAACAAAGACAUCCGAUUCCAAGCCAUCCCUUACUCCUUGGUGUACAAUGGGAACAUUAAGGUUUUGGCCCCCAGCCAGUUCCUGGUCACAGUCCCGGUGAGAGGCCUGGCCGGAUACAGGGAGGCCCGGGAGCAGCGCUGGCGGUACUACACCCUGCAGGGCACCAGGCUGCCCUGCCCCCUGCAGAACCCCGAGGGCCUGCAGCAGUGGCUGGAGGUGCAGCAGUUUCCCAGGAGCCUGUGGCUGUGGCACGAGGCAGAUGUGAACAUCGAGGGGGACCUUGUGCCCGCCAAGGUCCUCCAGGUGUUCCGGACGCUGGUAGAAGACGCCAUUGAAGCCUGUCACCUGUCAGGAAAGGUCAGCAUGCUAACAAACAGCGCUGCAGUUCGGGUUGCCAUGGAAACAUCCGGAGGUCCGGUGGAGAUCGAGCUGGCCCCCGCGGUGGAGAUCCCCACCUCCUGGUCCAAGAAAGCCCGGUGGCCCCCGUGUCUGACGCGCUGGCCCUCCCCAGAAAGAGUGCAGUGCAUCAAGUCCUUCGGAUUCACCCUGUUGGCGCGUUCGCACUAUCACUGGCAGCUGAGCUUCCCGCAGGCCGAGCGGGUGCUGCUGGAGCAGCUGGACGAGGACGGGGGCUGCCGCCGGCAGUGUCUGCGGGCGCUGCGGCAGGUGAAGGAGGACGUCUGGUGUCCGGGGAGCAGGCCUGUGCUCACGUCCCACCACCUGCAGACAGUGCUCUUUUGGACUUGUGAGAAGUAUCCCCACUCGAAGGACUGGCAGGUCUUCAGCAAAGGGCUGCUGCGCCUGGUGAGGAAGCUGCACCGCUGUGUGAGCCAGCACUUUCUGAAGCACUUCUUCGUGCGGAGCUGCAACCUCCUGCAGCACGCCAAUGCGGCGGAACUGGACGCCGUGGCCCAGAAACUGGCCUUCUUCCUCAAGGACCCCCAGAUCAGCCUGCCCUGAGGCUGCACCAGCCUGGAGGCUCUUGGACAUUCUGUCUGGCUCACCUCUGCCUUGUUCCGGUCAGAUGCCAGGUUCCCGCCCAGGACAGAGGCUGCUACGGCAGAGGAAUUCACAUUGGCCCAGGAGCGUGUCACUGGGAAAAGCUGCACCGUCAGGGUCUGCGUGGCCUCCCUGGAGCCAAGCAGCUGUCUCAGCCCUCACUACCUACCUCUCUCGGGGACAGCUCUCAUCAAGCCUCCCCAAGCCACAGACCACAAACCAAUGACAUUUCUGAGUUUAUUUUCCCCUGCUCAGGUGCUGACGGGGAGGAUGGAGACAGAACCCCUGGAAGGCCAGGCAUCAGCCUGCGGCCCAGCUGUGGUCCUCCAGCCCGCCAACCACGGGUUCGUCAUUUUUCCAUUUGUAAAAUGGGACUGUUAAUGUGCCUCCCUGCGGGCAGGGCUGUGCGGCCGUCCUGCUGCCUUUUCUAGGAGAAGGCACUGGACAAACACAAGUGCUGCUGGUUGGUUCAGUGGCCAGAGUUUGCAUCCUGGAUCAGCACCUAACCACUGAUUAAAUGAUGGCUUCUGAUAUGUUAGCACAUGUGUCUUUCCUGCCAGGUCUCCUGAACGGUGGUGCGAGGCUUGGGGCUCCGUCUGCUUCGCUGGCGUCCCCUCAGUAGGGAAAGGGAGGGUUAGAUGAUGGGGGCCGGUCAGAUGUCAGGGCAGCUCUGUCUGCCCCCUGAUCCCAGCCACUGGCCUCUCCUGGCUCCGCACACUGUGACUGAGGAGUGUUUAUGAAGGAGCUCGUUGCUGUGACCUGCACAGAAUGACUUGGGUGUCACUCACCUCGACACCUUCCUCUGCUCACUACGUUCACUCCCUUGUUCAUCAAUAAAUACGUGCUCUGUAGGCACUGGGACUCCACCAAGCACGAGAGGACAUCCCUGGUGGAUGACGCCUUGUGGGGUAGACGGGAAAUGGACAGCAGGUACAUAAACGCUGUUGGCAUAAAUUAUAGCAGGUGCCCUGGAGUGAUCAACAGUCCUGAAAUGGAGCCGCAGAGAGAUCUUGAAGGAUGAAGACGCAAAUGACAGGAGGAAAAGGAAAGGGAGCCAAAGUCAGACUUGGAGGGGCCGCAGGAGUCAGGUCACUUGGCCUUGGGAAGCUGGUUAGGAAUUUGCAUUUUAUUCUAAGAUCAAAGGCGUGGCCUUUGGCCUCUCCCAGUAUCAUUCUGUCAGCUGCAUUUUAAAUACGUGCCUGUCCUCGUGUCUGCACAGAGAGGGGCUGGGGCUCCCAUGAGGGGGGCCGGGGGGCAGAAGGCUCUCUAGCCCUGCGCCGUGAACUUCGAUGUGGUCAAGGCCACCCAGCCUGUCAUCAGCCAGGAGCCGUGGGAGUGCCGAGUGCUGGGUGGGAUCAGCGGCUUCUCCUGGCAUUUGCUUCCCGCCUCUCAACUCGGGAAUCCUUUAUCACGUACAACAGGCUCCCCAGAUACGCCACAUGAGGCUCCCCAAAGCAUGACCUGCUGAUUUUGUAGAAAGAAAAGCCACAUUUGAAAAUGAAAACAUGAAUUUUACAAAAACACUGUAAGCACUGGGGUCCCUGGGCUGUUCCACACAGGAAGUCAUGGUUUUAAAAUGUCGAAAGACAAAAUUCUCCUCAAGCAUAUAGUGAGUUUAAAGUUGUGAAAACAUGGACGGAUGAGGAGCCCAAUGUUUUAUUAAAUCAUCAACACUUGCAUUCAGAUUCUCAUAUUCUUAGAUCUUGGGAAAUAUUUUGAGAAGGUGGAGGAUAAUAGUGAGUUUUCAAAAUUUUCAUGAUGAAAAGAGCUGAAGUAACUUUCAAAAUAGCUCUGCAGUCACAGAAUGCCAAAAACUGUAAACUGACUGCACCGUCGAUUCACAAUGUGCGCGUGUGUUUGGAGAGGGGUGGGAGGGGCAUACUCCAGUCCCACGGAGGUAGAUUCUUCCCAUCUUUCCCUGCAGAUCUGUGGUUUUUGCAGUAGGGCUGUCUGGAGAUUCCUGCGUGUUCCUAGCACUGACCAGCAGAGGGCAGUAGAGGACCACACAUGGAAACAGUCCGGCUUCUACCCAGUUCCUUUUCAGCCCAGCAGAUGUCGUCCCCCUCAGCGCGGAACUUCACCUGGCUCCAAAAAACAAAAAACAAACGGGAGUCAGGGUCAGAGGAUUCCAACUGAUGCUAAGUUGUUUACCUUUCCCGCCAUUUUUGGCUAAAAUUCACAGUCGUUCUGCUUAUAGCUCAGAUUUAAAAAGAGCCUGAGCAAGUGUUGCCUAUCCUGGGGACUGUGGAGUAUUCAGCUCAUAGUUUUGAAAAGCCUGAUAAUAUUAUUCUUCUAUUAUGUCCGCAUUUGUUUUCAUUCUCCAAAAGGUCUUCUCUAUCCAUCUACAAUCUUCUAGGUGCAAGACCGCUUUACAGUCUCUUUAGUAGCAUGCCGGGUAUUCAGUCCCAGUAACCAGCCUGGUCGUAUGUGCAUUUUUGCUCCGAGCAAGCUGUUCAGCUCCCUAACUCUAAAUCUCUCUUUCUUUAUGGACACUAUGAUGGGCUGAAUUGUAUCCUUCUAAAUUCCUCUGUUGAAGCCCCAACUCCCAAUAUGUCAGAAUGUGACUGCUUUGGAGACAGGCUCUUUAGAGAGGUGAUUGUGUCAAGAUGAGGCCAUUGUGGGGGUUGGGGUGCCCUCAUCCAAGAGGACAGGUGUCCCUGAAAUUAGAGGAAGAGAGGUCAUGGACAGGUGUGCAAAGACAAAGGGCCGUCUCCAAGCCCAAGGAGAGAGGCCUCGGGAGAAACCAACCCUGCUGGCACCUUGACCUUGGCCUGCCAGGCGCCAGAGCUGUGAAAAAACGGUUUUCUGUUGUUUCAGCCACACAGUCGGUGGUACUUCGUUAUGGUGCCCCUGGGGAAGUACUGCAGGCUUUGUGAGAGAAUCCGCACCUCCUCCCCGUGAUGAAGAGAAUAAGUGGAAUAUUAUUCUCUUCUGCCAUAAGUGAUGGAUGUAAGAGGCUCUUUGUUUAGUUGAAUGAGUGUUUAGUAUUUUAGAUGCCUAUCCCUCAUGGCCAUCCGUCCAUCUCUGCUAUUCCUGAUAACUACCUCCACCCCACAGAUAAGUCCUUCGUGAAGAAAGUAGACACCAUCACAGGGAAAACUUCUACAACAUUCUAUCACCACAGAUUCCAGAAACCCAUCUUUUCCCUUCUCUCUCUUGCCAGCGUGGAGGAAGCAAGCCUCCCGACUCCUCCGCAUGCAGUGGGCUGACGCCUUCAAGCCUCUCGGGACCAUC